CGCAAUUCAGAUUUGAAUAAUAAUCAAUUAAUAUUAGCGAAUGAGAUCUAGCUCGAGAGAUCUCAACGUAGACACGGAUGUCUCGCCUGCAUCUCUGCUCAGUCAGCCCGAGCAGUAUGCAGAGUACGAAGAUAUAGAUGAUCUGAAUACAGGCAAGCACUACGAUGAAUACAACGACUCCAGCGAAUCCUUAAUUGGAGACAGCGUAUUUGGUCCAACAAUAGCAACAAAUGUAGCAACAGAUUCUGGUUAUCCGCCCUGGAGGGUACAACCACCAACACCAUCGACGUCCGUCCCCCCGCAGACGCUCUUCAACUCUGAUAUCCACCCCUCUCAUGAAGAAUACCUUUCAUGGUCUUCUUCCCCACUUUGUCCUAUUACAAUUACAGAAAUCGAGUCCAUAUUCCAUAAUGUCAGUCACUACCUCGGAUUUCAGUCAGAUGCAUCAACCAAUGCCUUCGAAAUGCUCAUGCGCCAAUUAGACUCACGAGCAUCGAGAAUGCAAGCAAAUCAAGCUUUGAUGACUCUUCACGCUGAUUAUAUCGGUGGUGAACAUGCAAACUUCAAAAGAUGGUUUUUUGCUGCGCAGUUGGACCUCGAUGAUGCCAUUGGCACGGAGAACAACCCAGGUAUGGCAAUGUUAGGUGAGGCAGCGCAUGAGGUUAACGCAACAUUCGGACAACGUUGUUACGCCUUUCUCACUCGAAAUCGAACUAGACAACAAUCAUUACGUUCAGCUACAGAGCGCUGGCGCACGGCAAUGGAACAAAUGACCAGCCAUAAUAGAAUAGUCCAGAUGGCAAUAUUCUUAUUAUGUUGGACGGAAGCUGGAAAUAUCAGGUUCAUGCCUGAAUGUCUUUGUUAUAUAUUCAAAUGCGCAAAUGAUCAUUAUACGAAGAUCCAGCAAUUACCUGAAGAGGAGCGACCUAUUCUUCCUCAGGGGUACUAUUUACGUAGCAUUAUUCGUCCAUUAUACCGUUAUUAUAGAGAUCAAGUUUACGAAUUAGUCGAUGGAAGGUACCUCAAGCGUGAAAAUGACCAUGAUAAGACAAUUGGAUAUGAUGAUAUAAAUCAGUUAUUCUGGUAUCCCGAGGGUAUUAACCGUAUUCAUCUACUAGAUGGAACUCGUUUAACUAAUAUACGUCCCGAUCAACGCUUUAGAGCAUUAGCGAGUGUGAAAUGGGAUCAGCCGUUCUAUAAGUCAUUCAAGGAAAAGCGUACUUUCGCCCAUUUACUUGUUGACUAUAAUAGAAUUUGGAUCGCUCACGUUGCGGUAUAUUGGUUCUUCACAGCGUACAACGCCCAUGAAGCAUAUAAACGAGAUUGGGAACCAUUACCUGCUAGACCGAUGCAAAUAUCAGCAUCAGCCAUGGGUGGUGCAGUCUCCUCAUUCAUCAUGAUCUUAGGAACGAUAGCUGAAUUUAGCUUCUUACCUCUGAACUGGAAUCAUUUUUCAACAUUAAUCAGAAAAUUGUUAUUAUAUACAACCACACUCGUUCUCUGCAUUGGUCCAACCUAUUACAUUGCAACAUAUGAAAGAGACACACCAUUUUCACUAACUUUGGCAAAAGCUCAUUUAGCUUUCGCAAUCUUCAUAACUGCAUUUUACACAUUGGUACCUUCAGGUAGAAUCCUCGGUGAUCGAGUCAGCUCUAGAGCUCGGAAAUAUGUCGCUUCUCAGACAUUUACAGCUUCCUAUCCAAAAUUAGAUAACAGCGGUAGAUUCACUUCAAUUGCCCUAUGGAUUCUGGUUUUUGGAUGCAAAUAUAUCGAAAGUUACUGUUACCUUUCUUUGUCUUCAAAAGAUCCUAUGGCAGCAUUGAUGAAUAUGCGAGUACAGAACUGUUCAGAUGCCCUGGUUGGAGAGUUUUUCUGCACAAAUCACGCUAAAUUCACACUGGCAAUCAUGAUUAUUAUGGACCUCGUGUUGUUCUUCCUUGAUACUUAUCUUUGGUAUGUCAUUUGGAGUACGUUCAUUUCAGUUUCUCGUUCGUUCGCACUCGGUUUAUCCAUCUGGACACCAUGGAGGGAUCUCUUCAGACGAGUACCAAGUAUGAUAUAUUCCAAAUUGCUCGUACCAAAUGAUCUACCAAUGAAACCAAAACUGCUAGCUGCGCAAGUAUGGAACCUGAUUGUGUUGUCUAUGUAUCAUGAUCAUCUUUUGUCUAUUGAACAUGUACAGAAGUUACUCUACGUUGAGGUACAAUCGAAGGAGGAUGGCAGACGUACCUACGAAAGUCCGCCAUUCUUUGUAGAUUUCGAUCAGAAGUAUGGUUUACGUACCGAAUUCUUGCCUACAAAUGCAGAAGCUGAGCGUAGAAUUUCAUUCUUUGCAAGAUCACUAGCUAUCAAAAUGCCUGAGGCUAUUCCUGUACCGGAGAUGCCUUGCUUCACGGUCUUGGUACCACACUACUCUGAAAAGAUGUUGUUGUCCCUUCGCGAAAUCAUUCGUGAAGAGGAUGAAACUACUAGAGUCAGUUUGUUGGAAUACCUGAAGCAGUUACAUCCAGUUGAAUGGUCACAUUUUAUUCGUGAUACUCGGACAAUCGCUGAAGAAUCCGGGAUGUAUCGUACACCAAUUGCUACACCUACAGCAUCACCUUCACUCACUAAUCUCACAACGCCAUCUAUGACGCCAGCAGCAACACCUCUGCUAUCCCCAUCAUCUACUAUUUCUGGAAAGGCUUCACCAGGUGCAUUUGGAGCACCAAAGACACCACCAGUUGAGAAUUUACAUAGAUCUUUCAGUGACAGUUUCGCUUCAUACAAUAUGAAAGCCAAGUUGCCUGAUUAUACAUUACGCACACGUAUUUGGGCAUCUAUAAGAGCACAAACGCUGUAUAGAACAAUUUCAGGUUUCAUGAACUACCACAAAGCCAUCAAACUACUCUAUCAUGUUGAGACACCAGAUUUAGUUGACAGGUUGCUCGAAGAGCGCAACCAAUCUUCGGACUCAAGUGACGAUAGUCAAAAGCUAGGUGUAAAACAUGGUGAAAGAUCAGAUUACGAUGAUCUGAAUGAAGAUGUUGAUCAAAUGGUAGAAAGAUCGUUGGAUAUAAUGGCCAGAAGGAAAUUCAAAUUCAUCGUUUCGAUGCAGCGUUACUCCAAAUUUAACGCAGAAGAAAGAGAAAAUGUUGAAAUUCUUCUAAAGACAUUCCCAGAUUUACAAAUAGCAUACAUUGAGGAGGUCGUCACUCCAGAUGAAGAUGAUAGUAGUGAGUUUUUCGAUGAAAUUAAAUACUAUUCAGUAUUAAUCGAUGGUCACUGCGAUAAAAUGCCAAAUGGUACACGUAAACCUAGGAUGAGGAUCGAAUUACCUGGUAAUCCAAUUCUGGGUGAUGGUAAAUCCGAUAACCAAAACCAUGCUCUUAUCUUCUACCGUGGUGAAUACUUACAACUCAUUGAUGCUAACCAAGACAACUACCUCGAAGAAUGUCUCAAAAUUCGUAAUGUUCUAGGAGAAUUCGAGUCUUUCCAGACUUCUAGGCAUUCACCAUAUUCUAAUUGGGGACAAGAUGACUUCUAUAAGAAGCCCCCAGUUGCGAUCGUUGGUGCUCGAGAAUACAUCUUCUCAGAAAAUGUCGGUAUUCUCGGUGAUAUUGCGGCAGGUAAAGAACAAACAUUCGGUACAAUGGCUGCCAGGGCACUUUCGCAUAUUGGUGGUAAACUCCACUACGGUCAUCCUGAUUUCUUAAAUGCCAUAUUCAUGACUACUCGCGGUGGUGUUGCCAAGGCACAAAAAGGUUUACAUUUGAAUGAAGAUAUUUUUGGUGGUAUGACUGCAUUCAACAGAGGGGGUCGUAUCAAACAUGCUGAGUACUACCAAUGUGGUAAAGGACGUGAUCUCGGUUUCGGUACCAUUCUUAACUUCCAAACCAAGAUCGGUACUGGUAUGGGUGAACAAAUGAUUUCAAGAGAAUACUACUAUCUUGGUACACAACUUCCAACAGACAGAUUCCUUACCUUUUACUACGGUCACGGUGGUUUCCACGUCAACAACACAUUGGUUAUCUUCUCAGUUCAAAUUAUUACUGUUACACUGCUCCUCCUUGGUACACUCAAUGAGACGCUUGAGGACUGUAAGCAUGAUGACAACGGUGAUUACAUGGGUGGUCAACCAGGUUGCUACAAUCUCUAUCCAGUUUACGAGUGGAUAAAGCGCACGAUAAUUUCCAUUUUCUUGGUUUUUAUGAUUGCGUUCCUUCCAUUAUUCAUGCAUGAGCUCAUGGACAGAGGUGCAUGGAAAGCCUUUAGUAGAUUGACAAAGCAGUUCAUGUCGUUAUCACCAAUCUUUGAGGUAUUUUCAACGCAAAUUUACCGUCAUUCUAUCGUAACAUCGUUGACAUUCGGUGGAGCAAGAUAUAUCGCCACAGGACGUGGUUUUGCUACCACCAGAAUAUCCUUCCCAUUACUCUUUUCGCGUUUCGCCGGACCUAGUAUUUACAUGGGUAUGCGCACUCUGCUCAUGCUCACGUUCAUUUCUUUGUCCAUGUGGGUUCCACACCUCAUUUACUUCUGGUUCUCUGGAUUUGCACUUGCCCUUGCUCCGUUCGCAUUCAACCCACAUCAAUUUUCUCUGCAUGACUUUAUAAUUGACUAUCGUGAAUACCUCCAUUGGAUGUCGAGAGGUAAUGCCAAAUCGCACUCAAAUUCCUGGAUCAGUUUCUGUCGUCUUUCACGUACGCGUGUAACGGGUUACCGUAAAAAGAUCCUCGGUCUGCCUUCGGAGAAGUACCUCGAUGAUAGCGCUAAAGCAGGAUGGCAGGUGGUCUUAUUCUCUGAGAUCGUCUGGCCAGCUUUCAUGGCAUUCGUUUUUACUCUCGCUUACAUGUUCAUGAACUCAAUAAAAAAUGAGUAUAUUGAGAAGCCAAGUAUGUUGAUAAGGAUACUUUACAUUGCGUUUGCACCGAUCGCAUUAAACGCUGUGGUUUUGGUGUCUGGUUUCUUACUGUCAUACUUCUACGGUAGAAAGUUGUCGACAGAAUGGGAGGCAUAUCCCGCAGCUAUGGCAACUUUCGUACAUGCUGUUGCAGUUCUUGGACAAAUUGUCACCUUCGAAUACCUCUGGUAUUUAGAGAACUGGAGAGGUACAAGCACACUUCUCGGUAUAAUUGCUUCAAUGGCUAUACAAAGAGCGGUUGUCAAAUCCAUAGUAGCAAUGUUCCUUGGCAGAGAGAUCAAAAACGAUGAAACUAAUAGAGCUUGGUGGAGCGGAAAAUGGUGGUACACAGGAUUAGGCCAGCAUAUAAUGACACACCCAUUGAGGGAAUUUUUCGCAAAGUUAGCAGAAUGUUCACUCUUUACAGCUGACUUCUUGCUGUGUCAUAUUUUAUUCUUUAUACUCGCAAUUCCAACUUUAAUACCAGGAUUUGAUAGAAUACAUUCAACCGCAUUGUUUUGGUUAAAGCCAUCAAAGCAAAUUAGACCGCCUAUCUACUCACGCAAAAUCCAAAUCGAGCGUAGGAGAGUCUUUUAUAAGUAUGGCUUUAUUUACUUGAUCAUUAUGAGCUGUUUAGCUUCAACUAUUAUCAUUCCACUGUUUUAUAAGGACAUUAUCAUUGGUUGGUAGUUUCUUCACUUUAUUCUAAGCAUUAAAAAUCGCAUCAAACUUCUUUGCAUUUCUAUUCGAAAAAAUAUAUAUAUUUCACAGUUCUAUGGAAACAGGGGAAAACAGGAAUUAUCAAGCUGUCAAACUUAGGAAAGGUUUUACUAGUUUGUAUUUUCUUUUGGUCGUUUAUACUAUUUUCUUUUAUAUGUUUUUAAAUGUACUUAUUGAAUGAUCUAUACGAUAUCACAACAACUUGCUAAUUACUUUUGUUUGCUUGAAUGAUCUAUACUAUAUAUUAACUCGCUAAUCAUUUUUGUUGCUUUCAUUUGAUACAAUGUUUUUCAGCUUUUUCAAACCAAAUCGGUGCGAGAAGAGCCAUUGUACCCAAGAAAUAGGCAGGUGUGUUAAUACCUUGAACAACCAGGCUUUUCCUCCCGUGAUGAGAGUGAUAGGCGGCGACUUCUGCAAGGCAUGUCUCACAACAUCGUCUGCAAAUACAUCCCUACCUGGUGCUGUGGAGUGGAUUUGAGAAAGUUGCAGUCUAUUGAUGAUGAGAUCUUUGAUAGGGUAAUAGGGCGAAUCGUCUGAUGGUUCAUAUCCUCCAGCUUGGUUGUUGACGAUGUUUGACUUGACGGCCCCUGGUUCAAGCACCAUAACUUUGAUAUUGAAUGGUUCAAGUUCGGAACGCAAUACUAUUGACAUCGUAUUGAUAGCUGAUUUGCUGAUAGCGUAGAAACCUCCGAAAGGAAGUGGCAUUCUUCCGACGACGGAGCUCACAUUCAAAAUGAGACCUUUUCUCGCCUGUAUCAUAUCAGUUGUAAAUGCCUUAGUCACUCGAAAAGUACCGAUAGUAUUUGUGUCUAUGACCUUCUGCGCAACAUCCAGGGAGGUUUCGACGAGUGGACUGUUGUUAAUAAUACCUGCGUUGUUCACCAGGAUAUCCAAGACAAUGCCGUCAUCUUUUAGUUUCUUUGCAACGCCAUUGACACUCUCGUCACUAGUAGCAUCUAAUUCCAUCGUCAUAAUCCCUGCGUCAGUCAAUCGGCCCAUUUUGGCGGCGUUUCGUGCCGUCGCUAUGACAUGACAUCCCGCUCUAUGGAAACUAGAUGCGAGUGCCUCUCCAAUCCCAUCUUGGCUGCAACCCGUAAUUAAUACGACCG